CAAAGGUCAAGGUUCUAGGCCGUCAGGAAAGGUUAUAGUCUGAUCGACGGAGUGACCAGAGCUGCUGAAAAAUGGACAACCCUGGACCCCUUCCGAAACUUACCCGAAAGGACAGUGUUAUGGCGACACCGGGAAGAGAGGGACAAGGUGUUGCACCAGGAAGUUUUGCCGGAAAAGCAAUCGGUGUCUUUACAAGUGGGGGAGAUUCUCAAGGAAUGAACUCUGCUGUUAGAGCUGUUGUACGUAUGGGAUUGUAUCUAGGAUGUAAAGUCUAUUUCAUUAGAGAGGGUUAUCAAGGUAUGGUAGAUGGUUCAUCAUACAUACAAGAAGCUCAAUGGUCCAGUGUAUCUGGUAUCAUACAAUUGGGUGGUACAGUUAUUGGAAGUGCUCGAUGCAAAGAUUUUCGUGAACGAGCAGGACGAUUGAAAGCAGCACAUAAUUUAAUCAGCCAUAACAUCACCAACCUGGUUGUUAUCGGUGGUGAUGGUAGUUUAACUGGUGCUAAUUUAUUCCGGCAAGAAUGGGCAAGUUUACUUGAAGACCUUCAAACCAGCGGAACCAUCACGAUGGAACAGAAAAUUCAAUGUCAACAUUUGAAUAUAGCUGGAUUGGUUGGAUCUAUAGACAAUGAUUUCUGCGGUACAGAUAUGACAAUAGGAGUAGACUCAGCUUUACAUCGUAUUAUAGAAUCUGUUGACGCCAUUACUACCACAGCUUCCAGUCAUCAAAGAGCUUUCGUAUUAGAAGUCAUGGGUAGACAUUGUGGGUAUUUAGCGUUAGUUGCUGCCUUGGCAAGUGAAGCAGAUUGGGUAUUUAUACCAGAAUGGCCACCAGAGGCAGGAUGGCAGGAAACACUGUGUAAAAAAUUAGCUGUUGAGAGAAGUUUAGGCCAACGUUUAAAUAUUAUUUUAGUAGCUGAAGGAGCUAUAGAUAGAGAGGGUAAUGCUAUAACAGCGCAAAUGGUCAAAGAUAUUUUAACUAAAGAAUUAAAGAUUGAUACAAGAAUUACUGUAUUGGGUCAUGUACAACGUGGUGGAAGUCCUUCAGCUUUUGAUAGAGUUCUCGGAUCUAGAAUGGGGGCAGAAGCAGUAUUAGCUUUGAUGGACGCCACACCAGAUUCUCCAGCUGUAGUUGUCUCCCUUGCAGGAAAUCAAACAGUUCGAGUUCCACUAUUGCCCUGUGUAGAGAGGACCCAGUCUGUACAGAAAGCUAUGAAUGAGAAGAAUUUUGAAGAAGCUGUGAGGCUACGAGGAAAGAGUUUCCAGAAUAAUUUAUCAACCUACCGAUUAUUGAGUAAAUUGCGUCCGCCAUCAUCUGCCUGUAACCCAGAGGGCACCGAUUGUAAGGGUCAUUCCAAUUGUAUAGCUGAAGAUGAUACAUCUCGCAAUGUAGCUGUUAUGAAUAUAGGAGCUCCGGCAUGUGGUAUGAAUGCUGCUAUACGUUCAGUGGUCAGGUUAACCUUGACUAAAGGUUAUAAAAUACUGGGUAUCCAAGACAGCUUUGAUGGUCUACUUAAUGGCAAAGUAGGUCCUAUGGGUUGGACAACUGUUCAAGGUUGGGCUGGUAAAGGUGGAUCUUUACUAGGAACUAAAAAACAAGAUGCGGAGGGAGCAGGUUUGGGAAGAAUAGCAUCUAAAUUACAGGAAUAUAAGAUAGAAGGUCUGGUUAUUAUUGGUGGCUUUGAGGCAUAUCACAGUUGUUUACAGAUAACGGAAGCUAGAUCUACUUACCCUGCAUUCUGUAUUCCAAUCACCGUAAUACCUUGUACUAUUAGUAAUAAUCUACCAGGAUCAGAUUUCUCUCUUGGUGCCGAUACAGCACUUAAUGAAAUUACAGAUAUCUGUGAUCGUAUAAAACAGUCAGCUACAGGAACAAAACGUCGAGUAUUUAUUGUUGAAACUAUGGGUGGUUACUGUGGUUACCUAGCAUCUCUAGCAGCGCUUGCAGGAGGAGCAGAUGCUGCCUAUAUAUAUGAAGAGAAACACAGUAUCUUAGAUUUGAAGGAUGAUGUUUAUCACAUGAAAGGAAAAAUAAUCAAUGCUGGUGUUCAACGUGGUUUAAUAUUACGGAAUGAAUGUGCAAAUGAGAAUUACACAUCAGAUUUUAUUUAUCGCUUGUAUUCUGAGGAGGGGAAGGGGACAUUCAGUUGUCGACUGAAUGUGCUUGGUCAUAUGCAACAAGGUGGAGUUCCCUCCCCUUACGAUAGAAACUACGGAACCAAGAUGGCUGCUAAAGCUGUUAACUGGGUGAUUGAACAGAUAGAAGAAAACACAGUAAAUGGUUAUGUAUAUACCAACAAGCCAACAUCAGCAACAUUACUAGGAAUGACGAAAAGGCUUUUAACAUUUUCUCCAGUACAAGAACUCUCUGCAGUUACAAAUUUUGAUAAAAGAAUUCCUGAAGAUGAAUGGUGGUUGAAGUUACGUCCGUUAUUACGUAUUUUAGCUCGUCAUGUUGAUGCAGAUUAUGAAAGAGAAGGUGUGGAAGCAACAGUUGAUGAGGUGGAAAGCACCAUUACUAUGUGAUCUGUGUGUUUUUCUAAUAACUUCUAAACUCGAUCAUGUUACCUAUUAAUUGUCAAGACUGAAUAGGUCAUUUGACUUCUGAUAGGUUAUGUGACUCUGAGUCGAGUCAUCUGUUAUAUGGGUCAGCUCACUGCUCAUAUGCUUUUGAUAUGCCGUACAGCAUUUGAUUGGCUCAUGCUACAUGUAUCUCAUUCUCAUCCUGUGGCCCCUGAUUCUGGUUUUAUGACUUAAUGGACAACCAGCUGAUCUACCCGUUGUGUAACUCAAUUGGUCAUUUGAAUUUCAAUCCAUCCUCAGAAAAGGGAUAUUUAGCUUUGGUUAUGACCAAGCCCCCACAUUUGUCAUCAUUAUUGUGAUGUGGUUUUGAAUUGACUAAUAUUAUUAGAUGCUAUGUGAUCAUUUAUUGAUCAUGUGACUAUUAUUAUUAUUAUGUGACUUUUUCCGUGUUAGUGAAAUAUCUUUUUGUGUAAGUCUCCACAACAUCAAAAAAAAAGGCUGUUAACCUUGCCUGCUGUAUGUAUGUAUGUAUAGACUUUAAAGGUUUUAUGACUUUAAAACAAGGCUGUAUACCAAAAACUGUAUGUCAGCCAUACAGUUUGUUAUUGGAAAUACCUAAGAUUUUUGUUGUUUUAUUUUUAUCUUGAUUUGUUAAAUUGUUAUUUUAUGAUUAGUCAGGGUUGUAGUGUUAUAAAACCUUGUUUAGUAUUCCUGUUCGCCUGUCGCUAUUCAUUAGCCACAGAUUACUUAAACAAUUUUUGAUUUUUAUAUGAGAGUGUAGCUAUUUAAGGAUGUAGAAUAGGGUAAAUUAUUAAACAGGUUAUAUCUGAAAUUGAAUCUUCACUUAUACUGAAAACAACCAUUAAAAUUGUUUUUACAUUAAUGAAGGUUACUCUGGUUAAAUGACACUUGGAAUGGUACACAAAUGAGUUGCUAGCGAGGUGAAAUCAAACUUUGUAUUGUCCAAAUAUUGGAGAUAUUAAUUGAACUGUUUCUAGUAAACCAGUUGUAAAACUUGAACUAGUUAUAAAAAUACAAGUAUUAUUCUUAUGUUUAUAAUGUGAUGGUAUUAAUUACCCUGUCAAAUAGAAUUUAUUAAAAACAUUUUUCUUAACACAAUUAUAGUUUUAAUUGCAUAUUGUUUCGGUGUGCAUAAUAAAUAUGGCUAGUAGAAAUACUGGAUUAACUAUAAAAUAUUGGGAUGAAAUCCACAAAUUGUUUGUUUAAAUCCUCUGUGCGUCAUUUGCAUUUUUCAGAGCAUAUCAAAUUAUCCAUGCUUAAUCCUUUGUAAAAUAUACUGGUCACUGGAAUAGAUUAUUUAACAAACUUAAGAAAACAAAAUCAUAUUAUCAGUGGUAGAUAAUCUCCAGACUUGUAUUCAAUCAGAUAAAAAAAAGAGGUCCAUCAAAAGAGUUCAGUGAAUAGACGUAACAGUUGUAUCAGGAUCAAUUAAAUAUUUAUUAUUUAAACAUACAUUAUGCAAGAGCUAAAUCUGCCUAUUGCAGGUCUUUCUUUAGGCCUGAAAUAUUAUCUUAAUUAUUAAUUAGACAUUAAUUAACUUAUCCAGACCAUAUUCAACUCUCGAUGGAUUAGGUUCCGAUUUCCAUUCAUAAUUUAAUCAUGAAAUGGAUAUUCAAAACUGUUUUUUUUAUAGUACUGACUUUAGUAAUGAUGAUCGGGACUAGGCAGAAAGUUCAGUUGCUAAAAUCUUGGUUCAGAGUGGAUCAAUUUGACUGAAAUUUUCAGCAAAUUCCCUUUACAUUAUCUAGUUUUUAACUAUUAUAGUGACAACUGCCAGCUCUUUAUCUAAUCUCUGAUAAUGUAUCUUUAAUAAGAAUUCAGUGAUAUAUAUUUACAAAAACUUUGGUAAACAUUUUUUGUCGUUUUGACUAAGGUGAAUUGUGACUGGGUUUAUAUCUGUUUUGACCAUAUCCAGUUUAUGUGUCUGCAAAGGAUACUGAAUGUUGUGAGAUUUUCAAUUCGACAUAUUUCUGAAAAUACUGAAUGGAAUUGAACCACAUUUGGACUGAUAUUCCUUUUAGAGAUUCAACUUCAACAACAUUGUAGUUUGUAAGGAAUUAACCUCCCCACAAAUGACAAUCAGAGACUUUAAUUUUGAGGAUCUUAAUUUAUGUUACUAUAGCUGGAUGAGCAAAAGCAAAAAUAAAAAGCGAUUGCAUAAAUGUUUUUUACUCUUUUGGGGGGAUUUUGAACUACACUAUAAUUAUUGACACAUACUCAAGAACAAAGUGCUGUUUAUAUUUAUUAGUAUUAUAUAUACUUUAGUUUAUAUCAAUCGUCAAUGAAAUGAUAGUUAUAAGUAAAUUUAUAAUUGCUCUUACUCCAUCCCUAUUGCAUGCUUUAGGAGCCUACAGAUAACCAGUAACCAUUGAUAACAGAUAUUAUGUAGGAUAUUCAGACCCUGUAGCAAUGGUUAAUGAGCUAGUAAUAUCUGUAACCGUUGCUGGUUCAGAAAAAUCGCUUUCUCAUACAUUUGUUUAUUUCUGUAUUCUAAUGUUUGUUACAUAUUUAAUAUUUACUGUAUUCUUUGUCUUUAUUUUCCACACAUUUUCUUCUUGAAAAAUCAAAUCAAUUUCAAAAUACUUGUUAAUUUAUGAAAAGUUUUCUCAAUUCUUGUGUGAAAUAUGUUACACUUUGAAAUGGAUAUGUUACACUUUGAAAUGGAUUGGAUUUUUAAAGAAAAACUCUUGUGAGGGAAUUUAAUUAUUAACAGGAUUGUUAGAUUUUUUAAAAUAAAUUAAAAAAAAAAAACUUUUUCUUUUAUGCUUAC